CUCAAGCACAAUUUGGGAUUAUUAUUGCAAUCUUCUCGUCGAAAGAACAUGCUGGGAUACCUCAAGUCCAAGGGCGCCACUUCCUCGCUCGUCCGUCGUGUGAACGCUCGCUCCUUCGCGUCGUUUGCCGUGCAAAAUCCAUACACGUUAGCGACGGAAGUCGAAGUCGCGCAGCAUUCCAGCAAGGAAUCUGCCGACAUCUUGGCUCGCGUGAAGAAAGCGCAGCGGGAAUGGGCUGCCGUGACCUUGGACGAGCGCAAGGCCGUGUGCACUAAGUGGACGGACGUGUUGAGCGCAAACAUUGACACCAUCGCCACCGACAUUUCCCGUCAAAUGGGCAAACCCCUCGGGCAAGCCGUGGGGGAAGUCAAGGGCACGAUCCAACGCGCCAAGAUCAUGAUUUCGCUCGCGGACAAGGCUUUGGCGCCGACGACGUCGUUCUCGUCGCCACCCGAGGCGGGGUUAUUCCGGCAGAUCACCAAGGAACCCGUCGGGGUUGUGUUCGUCAUCGCGCCGUGGAACUACCCCAUGGUGACCGUGGUCAAUUCCGUCAUCCCCGCGCUCCUUGCAGGGAACGGAGUGUUGUUGAAGCACUCCCCGCAGACCCCUCUCUGCGGCGAUCACUACGAGCGCACCCUCCAUGAAGCGGGCGUUCCUCGGGAUCUGCUUCGAUCCGUCCAUUGCACGCAUGCGACCGCGGCCGCCCUCAUUGCCAACCCCGCCGUGAACUACGUGUCCUUUACUGGCUCUGUCCGAGGAGGCGCCCAAGUUCACGCUGCGAUCGGCGCCACUCGCUUCAUCCACAGCACGCUGGAGCUGGGCGGGAAGGAUGCCAUGUACGUGGCUUCAGACGCCGACGUCGCGUCCGCCGCCGCGGGACUCACGGACGGCGCAUGUUAUAACGCGGGCCAGUCGUGCUGCGGCGUCGAGCGAGUGUAUGUGCAUCGGUCCCAGUACGAAGCGUUUCUUGACGCCAUGGUGCCACAUUUCAAUGCAUAUCACUUAGGGGAUCCAAUGGAACAAGACACGACGUUGGGUCCGAUGGCGCUGGCGUCGGCGCCGUCUGUGCUGUCGGCGCAGGUGGCGGACGCCGUGGCCAAAGGCGGCAAAGUGCUCACGAAAGCCGCCAAACCAUCGGAAACGCACGACCCGACGGGGCGCGGGCGGUUCUUUCCGCCGACUCUGGUGCGGGAUUGCAACCACAACAUGGACUUGAUGAAGCACGAGUCGUUUGGGCCGAUUCUCGGUGUCAUGGCCGUCGACUCGGAUGAAGAAGCAGUUCACUGGAUGAACGACAGCUCGUACGGCCUCACGGCGGGAAUUUUCACCAAAGAUAUCGACCGCGCGAAACGCUUGGGCCAACAAUUGGAAGCGGGGACGAUCUAUUUGAACCGAUGCGACGCCGUGGAUGCGUAUUUGCCGUGGACGGGAGUUAAAGACACGGGCAAAGGGCAUUCGUUGUCGGAGCAUGGAUUUGCAGCGUUUACGCAAUUGAAAGGGUGGAACUUCAAAUUGCCCUAAUCCAGCGGGAACUAUGAGCAAGGUCUACAGAUCGACUAGUUCCGCACUACAGGCUGAUGCAUUGAAUAACUUCGUAAGGUUGUAAUAUGAUCCAUCAUGUUCAAAG